GUGUGUGCGCGGUGGCGGGUGCUCACACCCCCGCCGCGGGCAGAGCCCGGGAGCCGCACCCUCUCAGCGCUCACCCAACGCUUUUAUGUAAGCUGGGCACCGCGACGCCUCUCGUGCAAGCCACGCAGCCGCCGGCAGGAGGCGGGUCUCUCGCGCCCCCCCACCCCCGCCACCCACCAACGGCUCGCGCGCGCCGGCCGGCUGCUCGCGGGCUCCCGACGCUCGCGGGGGCGAUGACCGUGGCGCCACGCCGCCUCCUCCGUACUCUCCUCGGCUCGCCUUCCGCGAUGGGAGACUCGGCCUCCCGGCUGCCCAGCAGAGCGGAGGCCCUGCCCGGCCGGAGCCAGAGCAUCCGGGUCUCAGCUAAACACCAUGUCAAUGGAAACAGAACAGUGGAACCUUUCCCAGAGGGAACACAGAUGGUUUUAUUUGGUAUGGGAUGUUUCUGGGGAGCAGAGAGAAAGUUUUGGACACAGAAAGGAGUCUACUCCACUCAAGUGGGUUAUGCAGGAGGGUGUACCCCAAAUCCGACCUAUGAAGAGGUUUGUUCAGGGAAAACUGGCCAUACAGAAGCGGUGCGAGUAGUAUAUCAGCCAGAAAACAUCAGAUUUCAGAAACUGCUCAAGGUCUUCUGGGAGAAUCAUGACCCGACACAAGGAAUGCGGCAAGGUAAUGACUUUGGCACACAGUAUCGCUCGGCCAUCUACACGUUCUCUCAGGAACAGAUGGAAGCUGCUCUGAGAUCUAAAGAGGAUUAUCAAAAGGUAUUGACAGAGAGUGGUUUUGACACAAUCACAACAGAAAUCCGUGAGGCUCCGGAGUUUUAUUAUGCUGAAGAUUACCAUCAACAGUAUCUAAGCAAGAACCCCCGUGGCUAUUGUGGACUUGGGGGCACUGGGGUAUCCUGUCCUGUUAGUAUUAAAAAAUAAUCUGUGCACACCCUA